AAGUCUACCUUUCUGUGUUUCAAAGGUGUCUUAUACUUGCAUGCACAACUAAUUAAGCUUGAUUUGUCAUUGCUUCUCUAAUGGUCAAAAAUUUUCUAGUUUUGGUGCUGCAAAACACAUUGUCCUUUAUCUUAGAGGAACCAUUCUGGCUUCCCUGUGUUCAUAAUGUUGAAAACUCUUCUAACCUCAAUUUCUGGUUCUAUAGGACUGAAAUGAGCCAGUAGCUGAGAACUGACUUAAGAAUGGGGGGGGUGGUGUGGUGUUAGGUAAUAAAGACACUGAAACCUGGAUAGCAGGGGCUUCUGAACCUGAAGAUCUGUAAAAGUGCUUGUUUAAAUAAACAUUCUUAAAAUGUUUGUCACCAGAUGAAGUAAACAUUGCAUUGAAAACAACCCCGCCUCCUGAAGACUGGUGCCUGCUUUGAUAAGGGAAAGUUGGGUUUGGGGUGGAGUGGGUUUUUUUUUUCAUCUCCCAGUUUCUGAUUACAGCUGAACCUAUUCCAGAAAGUCAAUGAAUACUAAUGAGUUGUACUUUCUACUUUAACCUGGUUUUUUUCCCCCUCAAAUAAAUCCACUAUGUAAGGACUUGUCUUGCAAAACUGAUCACUUGGACUGCACAAAACCUUGAACAGAAAACUGUGCUGAUAGAACAUGUGUCAGUGUCACACAAGUGGACAAAAAACUGAUCCUUGAGCAGGGUGAAGCUGUGUGCCUGUACUUGCCUGGUGAAAAACCAUUCCCUUUGAGAAAAACCGUUCCUUUGAGCCUGCUGCUGUCUCCCGCAGCUUCUGCUGAGUCACCUUUGGUGUCCUUUGCCAGGCACUUUUGAUGGCUUCCCGUCCAGCCUUUCUGCAGCACCUCCUGGCAGGGGCCCGAGCAGGUGCUUGCCCUUUUCCCUGCUACGCUGUAGCUGCCACCCGCAGUGACCGCCUGGCUUCCAGGGCUGUCGCAAAGGUGGCUCUGCUGCAGCCCUGCAGACAUCCCUGGGUCAUUCUCUUACAGUUAUUUUGGUGUCAGGAGUUUUUAGGCAUGAAUGUCAUACUGAUGGGGUUUUUUUCCUUUUUUUUUUUAAAUUUUUUUUUCUGGCUCUCACAUCCUUAUUUGGAGGGAGGACUUCCAGGAGACUCCUGCAGAAAGGGAGCAAUUCUGAGCAGCAGAAAGUGUGUCAGCUUAGGGUGGGAAAUAUGAGUCAGGUGAUUUAUUUUCUUGUUUCCUGGGAGAUAAAUAUGUUUAUGGGCUGUUUAAAGGGAUUCAGAAUUUUAGACACGUGAUGGAUUUGUGGUUUUGAGCUGCAGUCCCUCUGCUGCAGUUGCUCUGUCAGCUGCCUGUCAAUACAAUGUGCUGUAAACUGCCACCUGCAAUGUCAGCAAAGAAAAAAAGUGAUCAAAAUAUCUGUCAGCAAAGAAGCAAUUACACUACUUACCACCAGUUCAUCAGAACUUAAUCUUUAAACAGCUAAGGAUGCCAGACAAAUUAGUCCACCCCAUAAUACUGUCCCACUUGAAUUCAUAAAGUGUAUGGCAGAAGGAGGAAAGGCCCUGGUUAUUCUAGUGUAUGAGUUUAAAAUACUCAUGGCUGCAAUACUGUAGAUAUGAGUGUGCUGCAUAGCAAGCUGGUUACUCAUAGCUACAGUGUUGUAGAUACGACUCUUCUGCAUAGCAAAUGCGUUUUACACAAGCACUAAAGCCAAGAAGUUUGGCACUAACCAAAAGAUUAAUGAAAUACUGAUGAUCAUCAGUAACAACCCUCAUUCUCCAUGAUGAGAUAUUAUCAUGAUUCCAAUAUAAUUAAAAAGAGCUGUAUGUGCUGAUUUCUGGUUUAGCAGAUCAAUAUUGCAAAGCGAGUAUAGUGAGUGAGUGGCCAAGCUGAACUCUAAAUAUAGACUGCGAGGGGCAGUCUGUUUCACAGCUAUCUUCAUGGGUACUGCAGGACUCGACAGGCUCCUAUGGGACUAAAAGUAGAGAGAGGAACUGCAGAACAACUUUUCUUCACAUGAUAUUCACUGGCUGAUUUCUUCCAUACUGGCACAUUACCUGAAUGCAGUUAUGUUGAAUCUGGUCACACUGUGUUCUAUAUUCCUUGGAGAGGAAGAGAAGGCUCAGAAGCAUGUCAAGAGGACAGUUAACCCAUCUAGGAUUUAAAAAUGACCCUUAGGUGCUUAACACAUGUCAUCAAGGGAGGUUUGCAUCCCACAAAGCGCUGAUUUAUGUUGGCAGAUAAAAUUGAACUUGGGAGCUUUAUAAAAUACUGAACAGAGACAAUGGAGAAGCCUUCCUUGGAAUUUAACCUGCCUGGUAGUCAUGAAGAAGGAAAACUUUAUGUAGUUGAUUCCCUAAACAACCUAAACAAGCUGAAUGUUUGUCCAGAUGAAUCCCAACAUUCACUAGAUGAGGAAGAGAACACUGGUGGUACUGCAGAAAGUACAGCAGGGAGCCAUGCAAGAAACCAGCGUUUGUUCUUCGUCACCUUUAUUCUUACUUUGACCGUCAGUUUGGCACUUGUUUCAUUUGUAAUAUUCUUAAUAUUUCAAACUAGAAAUGAAGUGGACCAAAUAUCAAGCAGGCUACUAUCUGAAAAGAAGAACAUAGAAGAGCUGAAGAAACUUAACAGUAUUAUAUUAAAGCAUCUGAAUCAAUCCAGAAUUAAGGAAAAGCCUUCUGAUCUUCGUGAUUACCUCUUUACCCAUGCUGAGAUCAAAGUCCCUGGAGAAUAAAUCUCCUUUGGAAAGAAAUUCAGCAUAUUCAUAACUCAGACAUGUUCACAUAUGGCACACAGGUUGCUGAAACAUGGUUGCUGAAACAUUGCUGGAAAAGCCAGCUGAAUGAAAAAUAUUAGCAAUUAGUAUUUUACCCUGUUUUAUGUGGACAUAGAUUUGUAAUACUAAGCCCAUAGGAUUCACAAUAACCCAUGGAUUGUUAGUCUGGGGCAAACUUCCAGAUUCCCUGUGCAUUGUAAAUCACAAGGGUAAGGGCCUAGUUUUACUUUAAAUGUAAGUGAAUGAUCACAGAAAACCACGAGUUCUAUUCACAUGAUUUCAGCAUGACCUUGUUCACUUAAUCAUUCUUCUGUAACCUUUGUACAAGCUUUCUGUUUGUUUCUAUUACUAUUUGUAUUUAAGGAUAACUUCAGAUUUCAUAACUUAUAAAUAAAUCAAUUUCUGGUCUAGAGUUUUGUGGUUUUCCCUU